CGCUCGUUCUACGUGGAAAAUCCCCGCCUCCCCAAACAAAACGUCUACCGCCACCAUUCUUGAGGAAAAGCAACAGACCAACAGAAGAGAGAGAGAGAGGCUUUGUCCAAAGAUGGGUCACCUUCCUCCCACCUUCCUCUCUCCUUCUUCCUCAUCCCUCAUGGGCCGCUAAUGGAGCCUCCUCUACCCAAGGUGACCCAGACCCUCUAGCACUGCCCCUCUUUCUCCUUCCGCUCUUCCCCUUUCUGGGGCUGCUUUCUUCUUCCAUCAACGUUCCCCAUCUGAAUCGGAGAGGGGGAGACAAUGGGGCUCGAGAUCGUCGUCAAGAGGGCUGUCGAUAAUGGGGACAACACUCAGAGCCCCACGACGGUGGGGACUCCAGGGAGGGUUCUUAUGUUCACCAAUUCAGGCAAGAGGAUGGACCAGACGGGGACGCCCAGGAAGUACGUGAAGCAGGUCACCGGGAGGCACAACGACACGAAGCUUCACCUCGCCGCCAAGAAAGGCGACCUUGCUGAGGUCCGGCAGAUCCUCGGAGGAGCCGAGGAGUGCACGCCAGGCCCAGAACCGGUGCUGGACGCCGACGCCGAGACGGCCGCGGAGAUCCGCUCAGUGGUGGCGAACGAGGUGAACGACCUGGGGGAGUCGGCGUUGUACAUUGCGGCCGAGAGGGGGUAUGUGGAUAUGGUGAGGGAGCUGCUGUAUUCCACGAGCCUGGAGACCUUGAGGAGGAAGAGCAACUCUGGUUGCACUCCCCUACAUAUCGCUUCCAAGAAUGGGCACCAAGACAUUGUUCAGGUACUCUUAGAUCAUGAUCCUGAACUAAGCAAAACAUUUGAUCCAAAACAUGAGACUCCACUAAUAUCAGCAGCAGCAAUGGGCCAUGUGGCAGUUGUAAAUGUACUACUGUCCAAAAAUUCUAGCUUACUGGAGAUAUCAAGAGCUAAUGGGAAAAAUGCAUUACAUCUAGCAGCACGUGGUGGUCAUGUGGAUGUCUUAAAAGCAUUACUUGAGAAAGAUCCACAGUUGGCACGUAGAACUGAUAAAAAAGGGCAAACAGCAUUGCAUAUGGCUGCAAAAGGAGAAAGUUGUGAAGUGGUCAAGAUGCUUCUUGAUGCAGAUGCAGCUAUAGUAAUGCUACCAGACAGGAGUGGCAAUACUGCAUUGCAUGUGGCCACAAGAAAAAAACGAUUAGAGGUAAUAAAUGAGCUUCUACAACUCCCAGACAUCAAUGUAAAUGCACUGAACAGGGAACAUAAGACAGCAUUCGAUAUUUCGGAAAACCUUCCAUCCUCCGAAGAAGCCAUAGAAAUAAAAAAUUGCUUGCUUCGGUGGGGUGCUGUUAGAGCUAAUGAACUGAACCAGCCAAGGGACGAACUGAGAAAAACAGUAUCUGAGAUUAAGAAGGACGUUCAUACACAAUUGGAACAGACAAGGAGAACCAACAAAAAUGUUGAUCGCGUUGCCAAGGAGCUGAAGAAAAUGCACAGGGAAGGGAUCAACAAUGCUACAAACUCUGUUACAGUGGUUGCCGUUCUUUUCGCCACGGUGGCAUUUGCUGCAAUAUUUACUGUUCCAGGUGGAAAUGACAACACCGGAAGAGCAGUUGCAGCUAAUUUUGUUUCAUUCAAGAUUUUCUUCAUUUCCAACGCAAUUGCACUUUUUACGUCUUUGGCAGUGGUGGUGGUUCAGAUUACCUUAGUACGGGGUGAGAUGAAAUCAGAGAGACGAGUGGUCGAGGUAAUUAACAAAUUGAUGUGGCUGGCUUCUGUUUGCACAUCAAUAGCAUUUCUUGCCUCCUGUUACAUUGUUGUCGGCCGGCGCUAUGAGUAUGCUGCCAUUGUGGUGACUUUGAUUGGAGGACUGAUAAUGGCUGGCGUUCUGGGAGCCAUGACGAUGUUCGUCUUCAAGUCUAGGCGAAGUCGGUCAAUCAGGAAAAGAGAUAAAUCAAGGUUCGGAAGGAGUAUAUCUAAUUCAUGGAAUCGCCACGCCGAUCUGUCAGCCUCGGAUUUGGACCCAAUUUAUGCUAUAUGAUCUGCAAACCAUGCUAAGAUGUCUGGAUAGGAUAUCAAGUUCAGGAAACAGGUAGCGCUCUGCAACUGCAUUUUGGGUUCAUGAUAUAGUAUUCAAGAUGCUUGUAAAUUAGCUCUUGUAUGAGAAUGACCAAUGUCACUUGUAAUCAAAGAGUUAUUCGAAAUCCUCUUUCCUGUGAAAUUGGCAGUUGCUGCACAUGGCUUGAUAUAGAUGGUUAGUCUGCUCUUGCUUGUGGCAUGUGUGAUUCAAGCCCAAACAUUUGUUUCU